AUGAUUGCUCUCGUUUCCUUCGUCCUGUUCCUCAUUUCUUCCCCCUCUUUCCAAGCUUCUGCAUUAGAUUUCUGUGUUGCAGAUAAAGCAGGUCCGAUUGGUCCCAAUGGAUUCUCAUGCAAAGAUCCCAAGAAAGUCACUGUGGAUGACUUUGUUUUCUCUGGCUUACAUGUUCCAGCCAACAGCACAAAUAUGUUCAAGUUUGGGUUCAAACCUGUGUUCGAUGCUCAGCUUCCUGGACUGAAUACUCUUGGAUUCGCCAUGGCUCGUGCAGAUUUUGAGAAAGGUUCUGCAGUUCCCAUCCAUUCACAUCCUGGGGUUUCAGAAAUCACUUUUCUUUUGGAAGGGAAAGUGAGAUUUGGAUUCAUUUCAUCAGACAACACUGUGUAUCAAAAAUCUCUCGUCAAAGGAGAUGUUUUCGUUGUUCCUCCUGGUUUACUGCACUUUGCCUUUAACGAAGGUGACACUUCAGGAACAGCAAUUGUAGGGUUUAGCAGUUCAAGCCCUCCAGUCCAAGUUUUGGAUCUCGCACUGUUCCAAAGCAAUUUGGCCAGUCCAGUGAUAGCAUCCACCACUUUGAUUAAUCUUGAAGAAGUGAAGAGACUUAAGGGUGUUUUCAAAGGCUCCGGAUAA